AUGACUAUUCUAGAGCAGCUCAAUGAUGCAGACAUCCCUCAAAGGCUAGAUAACCACAUAUUUUUCGGUUCCAUACAUUCUCUGACGCGUACGAAUUUCCUACUAGAAAACGGCAUCAGGUAUAUCAUUAAUGUCGAUAUACCUACUGAAACACUAUCACAUAUCUAUCAUGAGCUUCGCCCAAGCUUGUUCGAUGAAACAGUCAUCGUGAACAUCGACAACGACUCUCAAAUAUCAAUGGAGAACGAUUUAGUGCGUUCCUACCAUUGGUAUAAUAGUUCCCUUUUACAGCAGUUAAUUCAUCACCUCGAUUUCUUGGACGAUAUUAAUAAUAAUGGUGAACCUCUAACUCCACCACCAGAAUCUCACUAUCGAAAUGCAUACGUUCAAUUCGAUCAUGGCUCUAAUGAUUCCGUAUCGGCACUGGAUAAUUUGCUGUACGGUAACAAGUCUGAAUAUUCUCGUACAAAUAUUUUCCGAGUAGCCAACGAAGCUAAAUUCCAAGUCUUUAACGAUUUGAUCACAAUUUUCAAAUGCUCAAUCGCUCAAAACGGGAACAUGAACAGUAACAUACUCAUUGUUUCAGGAAACGGUAAUAACGACGAAAAUUUAAUAAGUUUAUUGAUGUCUACCGUCUUGAAGGCAAACCCAACUUUUAACGUCUACCAAGCUUUACAAUUCGUUAAAUCCACCACUGUAAUCCCUGGCACUGUAAGAGACGAAAAGAUUCUAUGGGCCCCGGGGUUCAUCAACUAUCAAGAAUUAAUCAAGAAAAACGAAAUGUAUUGGGGGUUAGGUUCUCAGAAGGGUCUCAAACCUACGUCCUUUGCCUCUCCCAUCUCCAACAUGGAAAGGAAACAAAGAAGACGCGACGACUCAAGUAUUGUCAGACCAAAGCUACCACAACAACAACAAAGUUCGUUCUGCUCAAUAGAGAGACCCAAGAGGGCCCGCUGCGAUUAA